AUGCGGCGCUGGGCCACCAUGGCCGCCCCCCCGAGCGCUCCCCUCUCUCGGCAGGGUGUGCCCAGCUCCGCUCUGCGGGAGAUCUGCCUGCUCAAGGAGCUGAAGCACAAGAACAUCGUCAGGCUCCACGACGUCCUGCACAGCGACAAGAAGCUGACCCUGGUCUUCGAGUUCUGCGACCAGGACCUGAAGAAGUACUUCGAUAGCUGCAACGGGGACUUGGACCCAGAGAUCGUCAAGUCGUUCAUGUACCAGCUGCUGAAGGGCCUCGCCUUCUGCCACAGCCGCAACGUCUUGCACCGAGACCUUAAACCCCAGAACCUCCUCAUCAACAGGAACGGGGAACUCAAACUGGCCGACUUUGGCCUGGCCCGGGCCUUUGGCAUCCCCGUGCGCUGUUACUCAGCAGAGGUCGUCACACUGUGGUAUCGGCCCCCAGACGUGCUCUUCGGCGCCAAGCUGUACUCCACCUCCAUCGAUAUGUGGUCAGCUGGCUGCAUCUUUGCAGAGCUGGCCAACGCGGGGCGGCCCCUGUUUCCAGGGAACGAUGUGGACGACCAGCUGAAAAGGAUUUUCCGGCUGCUGGGAACCCCCACCGAGGAGCAGUGGCCGGCCAUGGCCAAGCUGCCAGACUACAAGCCCUACCCCAUGUACCCUGCCACCACCUCCCUGGUCAACGUGGUCCCCAAGCUGAACGCGACCGGCCGGGACCUGCUGCAGAACCUGCUGAAGUGCAACCCAGUGCAGCGGAUAUCGGCGGAGGAGGCUCUCCAGCACCCCUACUUCACAGACUUCUGCCCUCCCUAGGGACCCCCUGGCACUGGCCAGGCCCUGCGCUGAGCCGGGGGGCAGCACCCCGGUUCCUGGCAUGCUC